AUGCGACUUCCUUCUUUGAACUUCAGUAGGAACUUUGCUACUGCAUCCAUAAAGAACAAACUAUUCAAAGUUGUUGAAGUAGGAGCCAGAGACGGUUUACAAAAUGAAAAGCAAAUCAUCAGUGCUGAGGAUAAAGUGGCUCUUAUCAACAGACUGAGCGAAUGUGGUCUAAUGAGUAUUGAGGCGACUAGCUUUGUGUCGCCUAAAUGGGUUCCGCAAAUGGCCGAUCACCAAGAAGUGAUCAAGAAAAUCAGAAAAUUCCCCGGUGUUUCAUAUCCUGUACUCGUUCCGAAUCUCGCAGGCUUGAAUAAUGUGUUAACAAAUGGACACGUCAAGGAGAUUGCUGUGUUCACCGCGGCUUCUGACACUUUCUCAAUGAGAAACGUGAACUCCAAUGUUAAAGACAGCCUUCGAAAACUUCAAGACGUUACAAAGGCGGCCUUAAAGGAGGGAUUAAAAGUCAGAGGGUACGUAUCAUGCGUAGUUGGGUGCCCCUAUGAAGGUAAAGUCGACAGUGCUGUUGUAGCGAACGUAACGGACGCUCUAUUAGAGGCUGGUUGUUAUGAAGUAUCGCUGGGUGACACGAUCGGUGUUGGAAGCGCUGGCUCUGUCACCAAGUUGCUCGAAACUGUUUUGAAAACCGCUCCUGUUGAAAAAAUAGCAGUUCACUUCCAUGACACCUAUGGUCAAGCACUGGCAAAUGUCGUCAUAGCCAUUGAGCAUGGUAUUCGUGUUGCUGAUUCAUCGAUAGCUGGCCUUGGAGGAUGCCCUUAUGCCAAAGGUGCCACUGGGAAUAUCGCUACGGAGGACUUGGUUUAUAUGUUGCACGACAUGGGCUUCGAAACCGGAGUAGACCUGGACAAACUGGUCGAGGCAUCCAUCUGGAUUUGCUCCAAGAUGGGCCGUCCGAACGCCUCUCGUGUGGCAACAGCUAUCGCUGCAAAACGUAUGAGUGGAUGA